UCCCGUGACGUCAUACACACGGAAGUGGACAAGUAUCACAAUACGCCAUUUUGACAGAUUGUUAAAGAAAAGCAAAAUUGUGGUGUUUCUGCACUCCAUCAGUAAAAGAUGGGUGCCUUCACCAGUAGAAACAAUGAUGGAGUGGAGGAGGUCGACUAUGCUUCCAACAAUGCAUAUCGUUAUCCUCCGAAAAUGGGUAACUAUUUUGGUACUCACUUUAUCAUGGGUGGAGAACGGUUUGACAUGAGUCAACCAGAAUCAUAUCUGUUUGGAGAAAAUUCUGACCUGAAUUUUCUUGGAAGUAAACCAAUACCUUUUCCAUACCCUCCACCCACUGGCAAUGAGCCCACCAAGACCUUGAAGAGUCUUGUCAACAUCAGGAAGGACUCACUCCGCUUUGUCAGAGUAGAGGAAGCUGAUUCUGCCCAGCUACCAGAGGAUGGAGAAACCCGAAAAUCACCCGGCUGUAGGUACAACAUAGAGUUCUCAUUUGAUUGUGACGUUCGGUGUGCUGUCACCAUCUACUAUUUUGCAAUGGAAGAAAUCACUAAUGGUCAGCUCAUAUAUCGCCCACGGGACUCCGCAAUGAACUCCGAGACAUUCCACUACAAAAGAGGAGCCAACCAAGUUUUUUCUCAGCCCACCCACAUCAUCGACCCCAAUAAGUUCUCGGAUGAUGAGUGGCAGUUUGACCCAGUGAAGGAGACUGUUCCUGUAGUGAUACACGCUGUAGUAGAAGAUGAUGACCACACCAACCAUGCCCACAUGACAUUUGCGGUGGUGGAGAGGAGCUCCGUUGAUGGCAGUUACAUGAUCAAACCACUCAAACAGAAACAGUUCGUUGAUGGACUGCCUUACCUACUCCAGGAAAUCUAUGGCAUUGAGAACAAACAGACUGAUCGCUCAAAGCUUGACCCAGAUGAUGACCUUGAAGACAGUGGAGCCGAGUGUGUGAUCUGUAUGUCAGAUAUGAGGGACACACUGAUCCUACCCUGUCGUCACCUGUGUCUCUGUAGUACCUGUGCCGAGUCCCUCAGAUACCAGGCCAGCAGCUGUCCAAUCUGCCGCUCCCCUUUCAGGGCCCUCCUCCAGAUCAGGGCUAUGAGGAAGAAGCAGUCUGUACCCGUACAUCAGACGGAAGGCAAUGAUGAGAACCCAGUGAGUCAGGAGGGCGUACCCCCAGGGUAUGAGGCUGUUUCUCUCAUUGAGGCCCUCAAUGGUCCCUGUAACCAGUUCUUCCCUGCUCCAGGGGAUGGGUUCCCAGUGUCCAUGAGGAUGAUGCAGCCUGGUGACCUUGACACCUACCAUAGGGAAAAGAAACGUUCAUCAAAAAGGAAUGUGAUUGCAGUCGACUCGGCCAAAGACACACAGCAGAAUGUGGUGUUCCGAGCAGACGACAAGAAGAUGUUGGAGGAGGAAGAACGGGAGACCCAGGACCAGCCUCAGGUUGUCAUGAUGACACAGUCAGAGCAGGCCAAGUCUCCGAAGAAAAAGGACCUCAAUAAACCUAUGUUUGAUGAAAGUUCUGAUGAAAUGAAGGCAUCGAAAGAUGGUGGUGACGCCCAGGAUAGAAAGGGCCUACAGGUUUAUGACUUGGGAGAGUCCGAAGCUGACAGUGACUAUGAACUUAAGCCUAUCCAGGUUAAACCGAGUCACCUGUCUGCGGAGGACCUUGCUGAUGAUGAGAGAGAAGACAGCUCGGAGGCUGAGCCAGAACCAGAUCCUGACUAUGACAAUGCCAUCAACAAUGAAACAGAAAGGAGCCAGGACGAAGAAAGUGGGGACGAGUGCACGCCACCGAGGGCUUCAAGUCAACUAGAAGUGGGUCAUGCUAGGGACUAUGAGGACCGGAGGGUUACUUACAUCAAAGGGCUGAGUAGGAGUGCUAAUGAGGUGAACGCAGACAGUGAUGGGUACACCCCCCUCCAUGUGACCAACAGUUUGUCUCUCCCCGUAGCCUCCAGUAGUAGUACCGAGGUAUCUAGCUUUGGCAGCGCAAGCAGUUCUCAGGGACUCCUACCCUCCGAUUUAGUGUUUGACGAUGACAAGCUUGAUCUCUGAUCGAUUCAUGUCGAGUAGUUUAUGUUCACCUACGAUUCUCUGUAUGGGAUAUAGUUUUCAGAUUUUCAGUCUAGUCCAAUCUCCUAAGUAGUGCAAAAUUUGUGUACUGAUGCAUUCUACUGUUGAACUGCUGGCAAUCAAGAUUAAUACAUUGAGGUCACCUCAUGAGAUAUGUGUUGUAGCAUAUUUUCUCAAUGACACAAACUUUUAGUGUAAAGAAACUGCAAAACAGAAGCUGAUACAGAAAUACCCACCAAAAAACAAAGUUCAGUCGGUGUAAGGGACACCCAAUUAAAGCACUGUGUAUGCACCAAACAUCCACACAAAGUUCAGUCGGUGUAAGGGACACCCAAUUAAAGCACUGUGUAUGCACCAAACAUCCACACAAAGUUCAGUCGGUGUAAGGGACACCCAAUUAAAGCACUGUGUAUGCACCAAACAUCCACACAAAGUUCAGUCGGUGUAAGGGACACCCAAUUAAAGCACUGUGUAUGCACCAAACAUCCACACAAAGUUCAGUCGGUGUAAGGGACACCCAAUUAAAGCACUGUGUAUGCACCAAACAUCCACACAAAGUUCAGUCGGUGUAAGGGACACCCAAUUAAAGCACUGUGUAUGCACCAAACAUCCACACAAAGUUCAGUCGGUGUAAGGGACACCCAAUUAAAGCACUGUGUAUGCACCAAACAUCCACACAAAGUUCAGUCGGUGUAAGGGACACCCAAUUAAAGCACUGUGUAUGCACCAAACAUCCACACAAAGUUCAGUCGGUGUAAGGGACACCCAAUUAAAGCACUGUGUAUGCACCAAACAUCCACACAAAGCCAUGUUAGGAAUGUAUCUAGUGUUUUUGAGUCUAAAAUCUACUUUUCCAGAGUCUUAAAAGCACUUCUUGCCGAAUGAUGUUCCAAGGUGUACAAUUUUGUGAUCAAUGAUAUGACCUUUAGUUGUGACAUGGUAGGGAAUGUGCCUGUGAUACUUAUAUGUUUGUUGUUAUAUGAAGCUAAAUGAAUGUGAAAUGAAACUACCUAUUCAGAUUUUCUUUUGUAAAUAUGUGUUUAAUUUAUGAUUUGUAUAUCUGAUUAGAAUCUCUGUUCUUAAUAGCCUUUCAAAACACAGCACACAUGUGCUAGUGUUGUGGUUUGACCAUAUACAGUACACAUGUACUGUUGUUGUGGUUUGACCAUAUAUAGUACACAUGUACUGGUGUUGUGGUUUGACUGUAUACAGUACACAUGUACUGGUGUUGUGGUUUGACCAUAUACAGUACACAUGUGCUGGUGUUGUGGUUUGACUGUAUACAGUACACAUGUACUGGUGUUGUGGUUUGACCAUAUAUAGUACACGUGUACUGGUGUUGUGGUUUAACCUUAUUUAGUACACAUGUGCUGUCAUUUGAUGUAAAUUUUGUAUUAAUGUCCAUGAAAUCCAUAAUGUGAUCAGUGUUAUUACGAUUAGUGUUGGUCUCUGCUACUUACUCUUUGAUGUUGAUAUAUCCUAUGACUUGUUGAUAUUUUCAUUAUAAUUUUGAAAUGCAACAUGUAUAAGAUUUUUAUUUGUGUAUAUAAUUAGUUUAAUGAAAGAUUGAGAGUAGAAAAAAAUCUAGCUUUUUCUGUAUUAGCCUUAUUUGAGUCGCUGUAAGAUUUGUAUAUCUGUACCUCAUUUAUGCUCUGUGUAAAAUGUCUUUUUCAUUUGAAAUACAUGUAUGCCUAUUUGUAUAUAUAGGGAGGAGCUACUGUGCAGAAGGUAUACAGCCACUGUUGUCGUUAAACUGAUACAUUACAGUAUGUGAUUCUGUAAUCAACACAUCCGUUUAUUUGUCCGUCUAUACAGUUUGGUGCUGUAUGUUCCUGUGUAUAACAGAUUACUGUUUGUGUUCCCUUGUAGAACAAACACUGACCAAUGUGCAGUUGUCUGCUGGUCAGAAAACACAAAGUCAGUUGUUUUAAAAUGUAGUAAGAAGGAGUGAAAUACAAUGUCAAAAUUGUUUCAUGAUAUAAUAUGCUUAUAAAUAAAUCAGCGUUAACUCAGUUCAGAGAAAAUCAAGUCCUUGAUUACUUGAAAAGUGGCAGAGAGUCAAAACAGCAUCCUAUAUUCUUAUAGUCCUUUAGGAGUUAUAAGUACCAUUAAAAUCAUUAUAGUUGUAAAGGUGACUAGAAGUUGAUAUCUCUUAGAAUCUGUCAUACGUCACCAGAAUUUAAAAUGAUCUGAUCAUGUAUACAGAACAGAUGUGUUAAUUGUUAGAUAUCUUUUGCCUCAUUAACCAAACUGACAAUAAAGAGAUGAGGUUUGUAGUUAGGGCGGAUACAUUGCUGAGGUCUGUGGUCAGAGUUGUGGGUUGAUCACUGCCAGUCAAUCUUAGCUAUUGCUGAAGUCUGUGGUCAGGGUUAGGGGGUUGAUCACUGCCAGUCAAUCUUAGCUAUUGCUGAAGUUUGUGGUCAGGGUAAGGGGGUUGAUCAUUGCCAGUCAAUCUUAUCUAGUCACAGUGUAGUAUCAUUUACAGUAUAUAUUCAGAAUGUGUGGUAAGUGUUGAUAAAAAUAAUAUAAGAAUAAUCAAAUCCUACUCAGUAUAACAUUUUUUCUUAUGAUAGUGUUCAUAAUGAUAAUAUUCAUUGUGAAGAAUAAAAAAAAAAAUCGACCUUGACAUAAAUUUUAGCUCACCCGGCCCGAGGACCAAGUGAGCUAUUGCAAUUCAUUGCCAUCAAUUUCCGUUUUCUCUCUGUAAAGUUUUUCAUGGCCAAAUAAGAAAUAUUCCUAGGUGCUGUUGAUUCAUAUUUGCAAAAACAAAGAGGUUGUCACCUUUCUGGACCAAAAGAAGGGGCAGAACUGAAGUUCAGUGUAUCUGAGAAAAUUUUCUUGCAAUGAAUCAGUAGUCUGAUGGUUUUGAUAUUGAUUAUGUAGUAUCCUUAUCAACUGGUCUAUUCAGCUUGAAAGAAAAACAAAAUCUGCCAAUAACUGGGGUCAGUAGGGUUGCUUUGCAAUAUAUUGUGCAAUAUUUGACCUUUAACCCUUUCACCACUGUGGACCAUAAUGGACUCAUCCAGAUAAAUUUAUGGUUGUGUUCUACUAAAGUUACCUAGAGAUGAAAGGGUUAGACACACAAAACACCUCUUCUGAAGAAAUCAAAGACCUUAUGUAGUGAUACUUGUCCAACAGCUUGCUGGUAUGAAGUUUGCAAAAGAAAUUUCUUUUGAAUCAUAUUCUUGGUCAAAGGUUAAAAUUUGUUGACUGUUCAAAGUGUCCAAAUGAUAACUGUCAAGUAGCUAGCAGGCAUGACAUUUUACAAAGUUUGUAAAAAAAAAAGAGGAUCCAUAUUCCAGGUCAAAUCACUUGUGCCAUUGUAUGUGCCAAUUAUUCAAGGCACAGUGGUUAUAUUUGUUAAAACAUUCAUUCUCUUCUGAUGGAGAACUGAAAUGCCCAAGUCAAUAUCUCUGGAAUUUAGUGCUAGGAACUGUGUGAAAAGAAAGGCUUUAAGCAGGUGAGCUUUUCAGGCCUUUUGGACCUCAUGGUUAAUGUUAAUGCAGUCUGUUCAUUUUAUAUACAGCAGUGCUUUGUACUUGGUCACUACUAUGGAUUACAAUAGCAUUCAAAUUGUAAUUGAGAAUCUUAAUGUGUUUGUAGUAUUUGAGGUAUCACAUGUAGUUACAUCUGAAUUAUUAUGGAGGUCACAAUCUGAUCAAAGUGUGUGUGAUAUUCUCAAGUAGAGAGCAGUGAAAUUGAAAUAUUAAAAAAAAUUCAAACAGUAUGAAAAUCAAAUAGAUUUGUAACCUACAAUUAUUGGUACCUGACUGAGGUACCCAAAUUUAGGCUGGCCUCAUAACAACCCUUGGACAGGUUUGAGUGGGUCCAUAUGUCUUUCAGGUACAAGAAGUAUUGAAAUGAACACAUGGAAAUGUUUAGAAUGAUAAACAUGUAUAUUAUGACCAUAUUAUUGAAACCUUGGCUGUCAGUGAUUAAUUAUGGUAAGAGAUUAUGAAAUCAUGACACCUUUUUCAGAAAUAAAAUAUCUGAGAAAAAUAG